GUUAUUUGUGUCUCAGUGGCCUAGGAUUACCAGUCGUAUAUAAGUUUUCUACAGUGUGGAAUGUAUGCCGUGUUGGAUUUGGGAUGUGAAUGCAUAAUAAAACGAAGUAGAGUGAAUCAGAGAGUUUGUUCGAAACGGAAUUUUAUUUUAACUCGGCAGAAAUAUAUGUGUGUUAAAUAGUGUUGCCAAGAAAUGACUGAAAACCAGGAGCAGCACCCAGACCUAAAAUUGACGUCACAUGUCCUUGCUACAAACAUGACGCCCACAACUGAUUUAAAAUCACCACACGAAGAAGUAGUUACCAUCACUGAGUCUGUUGAAUCUGAUAAUAAAAACCCUACAAAGAUUGCCAAACUCAGCUUCGUCUUUUUUGUUGCAUCUGUAAUUAUAAACUGGUACUACUUGGUAGUUGAGAGUAAUUUCUAUAAACAAUACAAACAAUUACCUUCAAGUGACGAAAGCAUCGAUGGCACGAUAUUCAUUUUUCUAAGCCACAACAUCGCCUAUGGAGUUAUCUGCCUGCACAUAUUCACCAACAGAUGUAUCGUAAGCAAAGUAACCACAGUGAUCGCUCCAGGUGUCUGUAUAUUUACAUCCAUCUUCUUGUUUGCGACGUUGAACCUGAUGAGUACUAAAGAAAACCAGACCAUGACACUUGAGGAUUAUGUCAUUUAUUAUAUACUGGGCAUUGCUCCACAUUAUGUUCAAUUCAUUACGGGGUUGCGGAUGGUCAUUGAAAUGUAUAAUAUCACGUGAUUAGUGAAUUGCCAUUGUAAUUGUAAUAACUGUUAAUAUUAGGAGCAUGAAUGGCAAGAUAUGUAUGUAUGCAUAUAUGGUUAUAAGUAAAAUAUAUGGAUACAAAAUAAAUACAUGUAUGUACGUGUUUAUGUGUGUGUGUGCGUGCAUUCAAACCAGACAGAAAAUGUAUGAGAACUGUCAAACCAAAAUUAAUACAUUUUUAUUUUGUUUAUAUUAAUAUUCUAAUUAAUAGUAUUGUUUAUAUUUACGAGCUAACAAACAUGUGCCUAUUGAAAAUGUGUACUAAUUUGAUAUGUAAAUAGCGAAUCUGACGUGAUGUAUUCUAAUAUAAUUUUGGUGAAGAAUCUCUUCUAGGCAGAGUGUAACACAAAAUGAUUUUAACACGCAGAAAUAUUUCUUCUCCUGAAAUUUUUAAUUUAAUUGAACGAUUUACACUAUAUCUUAUGCAACUAGUGUCGUUACAAAAACAACCUAUUUGGUUGUACCUUUUUGAGUCGACUUAUGUAAAUAAAUUCCUUACAAAUCAGUCGGCCUACAGUCUAGUAAAUUCAGUAAAGCGGGAGUGAGCCCUACUAAACUUCAUUGUACAUUCUUACACAGCAGUUAAGUUUGAGAUGGCACUUUGUGGGGAAAAAAAACACGCAAUCAUAAACGCAAACAUGAAUGCGUUUGCAUAACAAAUAACAAUAAACGAAAACAUAAACACAAAAAUAAAGAUAAAUGCAAACACAAACAUAAACGCAAACUUAUUCAGAAGCAUAAACACGAACAUUAAGAAAACAUAGAGGCGAAAAGUAUAAAAUUAAUUUGGCUAUAGGCUGUUGAAGUGGAGUCCAAAUGGAGUCCUGCCAGUUGGCGUUUUUUUAAACCAAAUCUGGAUAUUUUUAUUAAAUCUUUUUUUUUAAAGUUAGGAAAGCUACUUUCGCUUUUGGCUUCAAAACAAAUACAAGUUUUAGAAUCAGAAUUUUAUGAAUUUAGAUCUAGAAUUCGAGAUAGAUCUAGAUCUAGAAUCUAAUCUAGAUUCUAGAUCUUUCUAGAUAAAGAAUUGACUUUUCAACUUUUCAGAUUUUAAUAAAGAAUCUAAAUUCUAGAUCUAGAUCUAGACUAGAAUUUUAUUUAGAAUACAACCGACUCGUUAGAUUUAGUUUUAGUCAUUUAUUAUUUAUUUAGUACAAUAUUUAGUGGUAGGGACCGUAGUCAGUCUAAAGUUCUAAACUCUAAAGAUUUUUUUAAAGAAGAGUAAAGAACUAAAGAUUCUUUACUAAAGAAGACGUCGUAAAGUCAAGUGACCAAGUCUAAAGAAUUAAAGAACUUUAAUAAUUAGUAAUUAGAUUCUACUCUAGUGUAGUGUACUACUAACUUACUUAGUACUUAGAUCUAGUACUAAUUAAUAUUAAUUAUUAAUAGUACACUAAGUACAGUAUACUAUACACUAACAGUGACUAACACACUAAGUCUAAGUUAUAAACUGUAGAUAGAUAUUAAUAAGAUAUAGAUCUAGAAUCUAGAUCUAGUUAUAGUCAUAGUCUGAUAUAGGCCUACCAAAUCGUCAAAUAGUAUUAUUAUUUAUUUGCUAGAUCUAGGGCCUAAGUAUUUUAUUUAGAUCUAGAUCUCUGCCUUAUUUUAGUUAGACCUAGAUCUAUAAUUAAAUAAUAUAUAUAGACUAUAGAGUAUUUUCUUUUAUAGCGAACUAUAUGAAUACUUUUAUUAAUAUUAUUAUUAGGUGUUAGUAUUUAAUUUAUAUUAGUUUAGUACUUAAUAGCUAGUAGUAUUUAAGCUAGAUUUAGUAAUAAUAGAAUAAUUAGUUAGAUUUACGAUCAUUUUGUAAAAUAGAAACCUUUGGCCUUUAGACUUAACUUUUGAAUUUAGGCCCAUAAAUUUUUCUUUAGACUUUAUUUUGCUUAGAAAGUUUAGGCCUGAUUAAAUUAGUAAUUUGACCCUAUGUAUUAAUCAUAUUAUUAUAGUUAAUUAGGCCUAUAGGCCCCUAAUUUAAAUUAGGCCUAUUUAGUAAUAAAGACUUUGCCUUUAUUCAUUUUAAUAAAUAGGCCCCUAUUUUAAAUCAAUGCCAUAUUUUUAAAAAUAAUUCCUUUUCCUAGUACUUUUUCUUUUAGUACUAGAUCUAGAAGUAGAUAAACUAGAUAUUACACAGUGACAGUAGGCUAGACCUAAUAACCGUAAUUACUAAUUAGUCGUCUGCUUAGUAUAGACAAGUUAUAGUGUACCAGUAUUACUAGAUAAAAUUCUAUAUCUAGUAGUAGCUCUAGAAAUUCCAAAUUUAAUUUAAGCCCAAAGUGGGCCUAAAAUUGGAUUAAUCUAAUAAUUACUAUUAUUAGGGUCUAAUUAGUUUUAUUGUAAUAAGCUUUGUUUGGCUUUGUGUUACUGUCAUUGAGCUUUUAAUUUAACAUUGAAAAUUUAAUUCCAAGAUUUAAAAAAAAAAAAUCAGCAACUUUAAUUAAUCUAUAUAGCUAGAUUCUAGAUAUUCAUACUGUUGUACACUACAAGGCAUACUUAGUAGAAAUUAAAUAUGCUAUAAUUACAGUUUUCUGACUAUAUCACUCAGAAUAAACAGAUAUGACUAAAUAGGCCUAAUGACUACUAAUGUAUAUUACAUUGUUUUAGAAUAAUUUCUUUUGCUUUACAGUAAGCAUGUAUUUUUCGUGUCUGUGUACACUAUUUAAUAUUUAUUUUUACUGUUAAUGAAAAUAUUAUUCCACAGAUGAAGCAUGUUCCACUUGUAAUAAUAAAAAAUAAUGUCUUGUUUUUUUGACUUAGGCUAAUAAAACAGUUGUGUGGUUUACACUUAAAGUCAGUGUUGCGAAGUGAGUUUCGGUACAGGUCGAUGCUGAAUGUUACGAACAAUAGAUGACGAUCCAAUGAAGAACACAGAAUGACGCUACGAUGUUUCUAUCUUUUAUUACAUAUAAUAUCAACAGCUACAUAAACGAUAGACGGGACGACGACUUCUAGACAUCCUCACAAGACG